UAUAUCAGUAGAUGGCGCAAGGCGGAGUCUCCAGCGUAGUUCACCGGCGGCCAUCUUGUGACGGUCAACUAUUCUGGUACGUUCUAUGGUAGCUGUUGUAAGGUGAGUGAUCUGCACAAACAAAAAUACUCUUAACUCGCUGAAAUCUUGACGGAUUUACAAACGGUUUUGUUUAUUACACACGUUAUUAACGUGGCUAUGAUUCAGGAUGCUUGGACAUGUUGAAAUUGCAGCUUUUCUGUUCGAAAAACGACUUAAAAAAUAAGGUUGUAUGUUUGUCCCUGGCCAGCUGUACCUAUUAACGUUAGCUAAGUUAGCUGAACAAUUUUGUUAGCUCGUUUCAUGGGAAAAGGAUCAGUGGGAGAGGCAGAAUUGCUCUUUCUUUUCAACAUAACUUAAGUUGCACAUGAUUUCCAAGCGGUUUGGUUUGUUAAAAACAUCUUACAUUAUGAUACAGGAAAUUGCUGGCUUUGUGUUUACAGAACUACGCCUACCAGUGAAGAUGCCUGACUUUUGUGCAGCCUACGGAUGCUCUAAUCGCCGUAGUCUCAAAACGAGAACCCGUGGGAUCACCUUUCACCGGUUUCCCAAAACCGGAGAGAGGAAGAGGCAGUGGGAACUUGCCCUAAGAAGGGAUGGUUUUGUUGCCUCUGGCAGGACAGUGCUCUGCAGUGAGCACUUUAGGAGUGAGGAUUUUGACAGGACGGGGCAGACUGUCCGGCUUAAAGAUGGUGUUGUGCCAACAAUUUUCAACUUUCCAGCUCAUCUUCAAAGGCCGAUAGCAACAAGAAGCACAACCACUGCUAGAAGAGCGGAAGACAACCUGCCAAUGGACUUGUCUCAGGAUGAACCUCAGCCUGAUGUUAUAUGUCCUCUGCAGAACAAAGAGAAGAUCUUCCAUCCCCGUUUGCUGACAUUCCUGCCCUUGUACAUGACCACAGCUACCUUCCCACCCGCUUCGAUGGUCUUGUGGACAACGCUCUCGUGUACAUUUCAGGAUUUGUUGUGCGACGGACGGUGAAGAAGCUGUCCUGUGAUGUCUGCCGUGCCAGCCUGGUGACGGACGCUGCAUCUGCCAGUAAGGACAAGAGCUACCACCUGCUGACUCUAAGAAACAAUGGAGGCCUGGUGAUUCCGUCUGAAGGCACGGUGAGGGUCGUCAGGGCAGCAGAGUGGGUCAUUCGCCAGGCAUCAGCAGAUUCCAGACGAUCACAGCCCAUCAAACUGCUAGAGGUCCUCUACAUUGUGCGGAAGAGGAUAGGUUCAGAGGAUGUGUUUUUGCUCGGGGAGCACAUCGGCGACACACAGUAUGGCAUUGACAGUCACCACCAUACGCUGGUAACAUUAGUUGUGUCCCUGUUUUUCAAGCUAAGGCUGCACCACAUUGCAAAAAUCAAUACUCUGAGCUUACAGAGUGGCAACAUGAGACAGAAGCUCACCAAAGCAGUCCUUUUCAAAGGGCAUUAGCUCCAACUGUGUGUGCACCGUGUGUCUUAUUGGUUUUGUGUUGUACUGUAUUGUAUUGUGUGCAGCUGGUCCUUGUCUCCAAGACAAAAUAAAAUAACCUUGAACCUUGAAGCCCCAUCUCUCCCCACCUG